CUCCCUUCUGCAGAGGGGGGGCCAUGGGGAGCCGUGGUUGCCAGGUUGGGGGACCAUUUGGACGAGGAGAUUCCACAAGGCGCGGCAGGGCUGUCCCUGGGGCUGCCUGGACCCCAGGACUGGCUCCUCUUUCCGUGGCCCCUCCCCAGCCAGGCCCUCCUGGAGCGGGGGUGGGGUGCAGUUUUCCUCUUCAGACCCCUCCCUUGCAAUGCCAAAGCCUUGGGGCCAGCACAUUCAGCCCCUAAGCGGUCCAACCAGUUGUCUGGGAGAAAGGGGGCACGUGGGAGGGGCAGCAGGAGGUGCCAGAAGCAGCCUCCCCCAGCCCAGCACGCACAGCGGAGCCUCUGGGGCUCCGGAUGCUGCAGACAGACCCUCGGACUGACAGACAGUUGGACGCUUGGCCUGGCCGUGAGGCUCAGCGGGGGACAGUCUUCUCUUCUGACGGCCCUGUUGCCGCUGCUGACCUGCCUCCAUCUGGGGAUGAGUCUGGAGCACAUCAGCUACGCGCCCCAGCUCUCAAACGCCACCCUGGCAGGGAGACUUACCCAGCCCACCUUCACACUGGAGCAGCCGCGGGGCCAGUUCAGUCACUUUAACGUCGCCGACUUUGACGCCAUCUGGCUGGUGUUGGCCCACAGCAAUGCCACCCAGAGCUUCACUGCCCCACAGAAGGUGGAGGACACCCCGGUCCCUGCCAACUUGCCCCAGAGGGGCUACUACAUCACGCUGAGGACCAGCUGAGCACUCUACCCGGGCGGCCAGCCCGGCAACGAGCUCCGGGUCCUCCGUGUCGCCAGCGAUACCCGCUGCUCCCCGAUGACAAGAGGCUGCCACCACCCCCUGCCGGGCCCGGGCCCCUACCGAGUGAAAUUUCUGGUGGUGAGAGACAGGGGACCCAUGGCUGAGACAGAGUGGUCCAGUGAGACCCACCUGCAGCAAGCCGAGGCACUCCAGGCUGCCCCAGGGCCCCAGAGCGCGGGCGCCGUGGUCAUCGUUGCCAUAGUGUCGGUCCUGCUGGCCGUCGUCCUCACCACCCUCCUCACCCUGCUCAUCUACACCUGCUAUGACACCUGUGGGAGCACGUCCAUCUCUGGUCCAGGGGAGCUGGCGUGCAUGAGAAGAUAUAACACCCACCACAUGUUCAGCCCUUCAGCCGAGGGGGGCUCCUGAGAGGCUCCAGGGGGCCCCCAUCUGCCCUUCUGCCUCGCCCCUGGUCCAGGCUGCAGAGCAUGGGCUGGGGGCUUGCCCUGCUGCUUCAGAGCCCUGGGAGAGAGUGUUUCCAAAUAAGGAAGGGGGGGAGGGUGUCCUUAGUCCAAAGCUUGGGCCUGUCCCUGUCAGAAAUAAAUGUCCCCAUUAUUGGGGACAGCCCCCUGAAUGGCUCUGUCAUUGUACACCUGGGCAGUCUCCCUGCAUCCCUGUCCCCAGCUCCUCUUGGGAGGAUACAGCAACCGGGGGUGAAGCCCAGGGUCCUAGGCCAGCUGAGCCAUUGGGGCAGGGCAAGCCUCUCUUCUGGCCUCAGUGGCCCUGUCUGUAAAGUGGGGGUGAUUCCAGUGGUCCCCCUGGGCCCGAUGGAGCCGAACCAAGGGGGUGGUCGUGCCCACCUGCCCUGCGCGUCUGGCGCUUGCUGGCGCCACCCCCGCCCCCACCUCCUCCUCUUCUUCUUCUUUUUUUUUAAUAUUUAUUUAUCUGGCUGCACCAGGUCUCAGUUGCGGCACACGGGAUCUUCGUCGCCACGUGCGGGCUUAGUUGCUGUAUGCGGGAUCUAGUUCCCUGACCCAGGAUCGAACCGGGGCUCCCUGCAUUGGGAGCGCGGAAUCUUAACCACUGGGCCACCAGGCAAGUCCCCCCGCCUCCCCUUUGUGGUCUCCCUCCAUCUGGCCUCGCCUCCUGGCUGGAGGACGUAGAGCUUCUAGGCUUCACCCCGACCUCUGUGCUCACGCCGGGGUGGGGGUGUGGAAAUGCGUGAGAAGCUGCAGCCCCUGGAGAUGCCUGGGCUCAGACUCGGGCCCCGAACCUAAUGCAGGGCACCAAGCACCUGUCGUCAUCCACUCCACUCCAGGCCAGGCCCCCUGGGGCCAAGAUGACCCAGCAAGGUUCUGUCCUCAGGUCACCCACCGCUGUGUGGGAGAGGAGGGGAAACCAGCCAGCACAAGGGAUGGAGGGAGUGCAGAGGUUUGAGGGCCGGAGGAGGCUUCCUGAGCAGGCGUGGCCUUGGAGGAGGGGCCGCACUGUGACAGGUGGACCGGGGAAGGGGACCCAGACAGGAUCAGCAGCAUGUACAAAGGCCUGGAAACCAUGGUGACUGCUGGGUGGGCAGGUUGGGGACAGCUGGAGGGUGGGGUGAGGGGCCGCGAGGAGGCCAGGGGAUGCCCCUUGCUACGUGAAGGGCCUCACCCCCUGGGGCAUGGGGCAGGGAAGAAGGGCUCUGGCUGCAUGCCCAGGUGCCUGUGUCCGGGUGGUGCAAAUGGCCCUAAUGGGUUUAUUAAGCCGGUGCACACACAGCUGGCUCUUGCUGUGGAGGAAAUGGUCACAUGACCAGCCUGGGAGGGGCAGGGAGGGGAGGGGGGCACACAGAAUUCCAGCCUCUGCCCAGCUAAGCCUUGAUCUCUCCACAGCCUUUCCAGAGCAGCCAUGAGCCCCGACCCUGGGGCUGGGUGACCUUGGACAUAUCACUUACCCUCUCUGGGCCUGUUUUCCCCUUAAUGUAAAAGCGAAGGUUGAACUGGGUAACUCUAAGGCCCUGCACUCCACCAGCACCCAGUAUGGGUCGGACACUGGCAGGAAACAGAUGGCACGCUGUCUAAUGGGGCAAUUGACAGCAUUUACAAGGGUUUGGGCAGCAUAUUAAGGGGACCCAGGGCACCGAUGGGGCCAUAAGCACUCCUGUCCCUGAGGGGCUGGUGGUGUUUCCAGAGCCAGUGGGCAGGAGCCACGGGCAAGGGUCUGCCUGGCAGGAGCAGGGGGCUGUAGGUAGAGGGAGCCGGGGGACUAAAUACCCCGGCCUUUCUCCUCUGGCCUUCUGAUCGCGUGCUGACCACACCUAACCAGAAGCAAGAGGGCGGGGGGUCUGGACGGUGUGGUCCAUGUGCCAGCUAGACCUGUGUCCAGAGCAGGACAGAGAGGGGCCAAGAAUGGCCUUAGAGGGUACUGUGAUCUGUUUUUUACUCACAGCACUUCUGACACCAAAUGUGUGGGGGUUUUCUGUUUGUUUUUUAUUUUUAUUUUGGCCAUGCCAAGUCUCAGUUCCCUGACCAGGGAUUGAACCCGGGCCACAGCAGUGACAGCGCCGAAUCCUAACCACUAGGCCACCAAGGAACUCCUCAAAUGGGUGGGUUUUUCUCACACCAACCAAUUCUCCAGCUCUCUGGACACCAACUGGGUGUCCUGCAAUUGAAUUCAAUUCUGACACUAAUUCCCUGGA